AUGCCUCAAGAGCCUGAGGACUAUCGCCUCCUUUUUGAGAAGGAAAGAAGACUUCGAGAGGAGGAAUGGACGCACCUUGAACAACGUUUGCACGCUACACAGCUAGACCUGCAGGAAGAAAGAAAACAGCGGAGGCUACAAGAAGAACUCCGACAAGGACUGGAGAGUAGAGUUGACCCCACGACUUUUGAACAUUUUCUUCAUUCUUGCCAUGAAUUGCUCAGUAUACUGCUUACCAUCCAGCCGAAACAAUCCAAAACUACAAAGGGUUUGAUCACCGCGCCCACUGGCCGCUACUGCCCCACCACCCUUUGUGAAUGGAUGGAUUUUCCCCAUCAGCGCGAUGAGCUUUUCAACAGGGUGUCUUGUCUUUUUCAUCCUGCCAAAACAGCCCCUUUAGCAGUGUUUACAUUGCUUGUGGGCCUGGAAACUGUUGGGAAGCUUGUCUGCCGUCGACAACUGGGCAGUGAGCUUGAUCUCAUGAGCUACGAGAGAUAUGCUGUCGAAGAACAAGUCAUUUCCAUAAUUCAAGAAUUGCUGAAGCUCGAUACCGGCAGCCAACUUCCCUCUCUUGGGUCGGGAAUAUCAUUUGAAAACCACGCCAAUACACUUGACGAAGAACCAGAACUGACAAGUCAGAUACACCAAGGCUGGAGGCCUUGGUCCGACCAACUCUGCGUAUUUUGGAGGGACGGAGAAUUUGAAACAUUGCUUUUUAUUAUUGAGUACAAGGCUAGCCAUAAGCUUCUCCCUCCCAACUUAUGGACUAGAUUGCAGCCAUCGAACUUCUGGGAGAAUAUUGUGCAGGCCCAACAGAUCCCCACUGAUCCAGAAGAGAAACUCAUCUACAAUGCAAAGCAGAUUACUAGUGCCGCCAUCACGCAAACGUUUGACUACAUGGUCAAGGAAGGGGUUGAAUAUGGGUAUUUGACAACAGGAGAGGCGUUUGUUUUCCUUCGCAUCAAGGAAGAUGACCUGACUACAUUGUAUUAUCACCUCUCCGAACCGGCUCAUGACGCCAACACCCAAGAUGGCGAUUCCUUCUGGUACUCUAACACCGCGAUAUCAUCGGUGCUGUCGUUGUGCCUGCUAGCAUUGGCUUCCAAAAGAUGGAGUCAGGAUUGGCGGUCCCAGGCAUUCUCUGUUCUUUAUUCCGACAAUCCGUCCGACGAUCAGCCCUCCGAGAGCUCCGAAGAGGACGACCCGGCCAACGGCACCAGACCGAGCCAGAUCGGGAAACGAUUCGCGGUGGUGAUAUCCCCGCCGCGACCCCCGCCGGCCAAACGGCAGCAGCAGCCGCGUAGCCGUGAUCGGGAACUGGACUGUCAAUACUGCACGCAGCGGUGCCUCGCUGGCCUGUUGAACUGCGCUGUUCUUGACUAA